AUGUUGUCACCUGAGAAAACAUCCCAGGUCAGAAUCAGCAGCCGGGACCAGAUGGCUGCUGCUCAGGGACCACUGACUUUCAGAGAUGUGGCCAUAGAUUUUACUCAGGAAGAAUGGGAAUGCCUGGACCCAGCUCAGCGGAAAUUGUACAUGGAUGUGAUGUUGGAGAACUACAGCAACCUGGCCUCCCUGGCUAUGUCUUCUGAAGAUAACCAGGCCUUUUUGCUAACGCCUGGAAUUCAAGAUUUAUUCUCUGAAAUUAUACUGGAGAAUAAAUAUAAUGGAGACACAAGUUGUCAAUGGAACGAACAUUGGAAAAACUUUAAGCAAGGGUCAUAUCUUAAUAAUCAAGAGACAAUUGAGCUUGCAGAGGACCAUUUUAAAAGUAGAAAAGUCUUUGACCAAAUGUCCAAUCACCAUAUAGGUCAGGUCUUGCAUAUUGUGGAGAAGACACACAAAGGAUAUAAAUAUGUCAAAUCAUUUCUGGAUUCUUCAAAUUACACUAAGGAGAAUAUUCAUGCUGGGGAACAAGCUUACGCAGGUUGUACUCAACAUGAAAGAAUUCAGACUGUAGAGAAGCCUUACAAAUGUAAAGCAUGUGGCAAAGUCUUUAAAUGUCAUUUAACUCUUACUGUACAUGAGGGAAGAAUUCAUAAUAAGGCAAAACUUUAUAAAUUCAGGGAAAAUGGAAGAGGCUUUAGUCAGUCCUUAAAUCAUACUGAACAUCAUAGAAAUCGUAGGGAAGAAAAAUCUUAUAAAUGUUCAGAAUGUGGCAAAGCCUUUAGCCGACCCUCAAAACUUAUUCUUCAUCAGAGAAUUCACACUGGAGAGAAACCUUACAAAUGUAGAGAAUGUAGCAAAGCCUUUAGUCAUUACUCCUCCCUUAAUCGUCAUAAGACUAUUCAUACUAGAGAGAAGCCUUACAAAUGUACAGAAUGUGGCAAAGCAUUCAGCGAUUGCUCAUCCCUUACUAAUCAUCAGAGAAUUCAUACUGGAGAGAAGCCUUAUAAAUGUAGAGAAUGUAGCAAAGCCUUUAGCCAGCCCUCCUCCCUUAAUCGUCAUCAGAUUAUUCAUUCUGGAGAGAAGCCUUACAAAUGUACAGAAUGUUGCAAAGCAUUCAACAAUUGCUCAUCCCUUACUAAUCAUCAGAGAAUUCAUACUGGAGAGAAGCCUUAUAAAUGUAGAGAAUGUGACAAAGCCUUUAGCCGACACUCAACCCUUAUUCAUCAUCAGAGAAUUCAUACUGGAGAAAAACCUUACAAAUGUAAAGAAUGUGGUAAAGACUUUAGACAGCCCUCAAGUCUUAUUAUUCAUCAGAGAAUUCACACUGGAGAGAAACCUUAUAAAUGUAGAGAAUGUGGCAAAGCUUUCAGUGAUUCCUCAUCCCUUACUAGUCAUCAGAGAAUUCAUUCCGGAGAGAAGCCUUAUAAAUGCUUAGAAUGUGGCAAAGCCUUUAGCCGACCCUCAAAACUUAUUCUUCAUCGGAUAAUUCACACUGGAGAGAAACCUUACAAAUGUAGAGAAUGUGGCAAAGCCUUAGGUCAUUACUCCUCCCUUAAUCGUCAUAAGACUAUUCAUACUGGAGAGAAGCCUUAUAAAUGUACUGAAUGUGGUAAAGCGUUCAGUGAGUCCGCAACCCUUAAUCGACAUCAGAGAGUUCAUACAGGAGAGAAGCCAUAUAAAUGUAGAGAAUGUGAGAAAGCCUUUAGCCGACCCUCAACCCUUAUUCUUCAUCAGAGAAUUCACACUGGAGAGGAACCUUAUAAAUAUAGAGAAAGUGGCAAAACCUUUGGCAGGUGCUCAAACCUUACUGCACAUCAGAGAAUGUACACUGGAGAGAAGCCUCAUAAAUGUAGAGAAUGUGGAAAAGCAUUCAUCAGCCAUAGAAAUCUUACUACACAUAACCGUAUUCAUACUGGAGAGAAACCAUACAAAUGUGGAGAAUGUGGCAAAGCUUUCAGCCAGUCCUCGCACCUUAGUAAUCAUCAGAGAAUUCAUACUGAAAAGCCUUAUAAAUGUAGAGAAUGUGGCAAAGCCUUUAGCCAGUCCUCAUCCCUUACUUGUCAUCAGAGAAUUCACACUGGAGAGAAGCCUUAUAAAUGUACAGAAUGUGGCAAAGCCUUCCGUGUUCUAUCAUUCCUUACUUAUCACCAGAGAGUUCACACUGGAGAGAAACCUUAUAAAUGUACAGAAUGUGGCAAAGCCUUUAGCCACUCCUCAUCCCUUACAUGUCAUCAGAAAGUUCAUACUAGAGAGAAGCCAUGA